AUGGAGGUUAAACUUUUCAGCAUUCUUUGCUGCUUUUUGUCUUAUGGGCUGUUAGGGCAAGCGUUCUUGCUAGGUGUCGUGGAUUACCUCACGCCGCACGAUUGCUCACAAGACGAAAUUCGAGAACAUUGUUAUGAUAGAGCAACGCAUUGCAAAAAAGUACACGACCUUUUAGGAGGAACUAUAUACUUCUGUGAAUGCCAACCUGGCUUUCGUGGAGCUAGUUGUGAAUUGGAUUCCUGCUAUGACCAGCACUGUAACCAUGGGCACGGUUCGUGCAAUUUGUUGGACAAGGAUCCAUACUUUGAGUGUAAAUGCAAACCUGGAUACUCUGGAACACAUUGUGGAGCUUCAUCCAUCACCACGACGUCAACGCCUACAGUUACGACAACGCCACUCAAGACAACAACAAACCCUCCGACGACACAAACUACGACUCCUCCAAAAACAACAACGAAAAGCAACCCUGUAUACCAGAGUUGCAACAAAUACUCAGUUGUGAGUGAUUUGUCACAUGGCAAGCCCGUAGCCAAUGAUAACGCUCCAAAUUGUUCAUCCGGUUUACACACAUCGAAUGAAGCUCUUGUUUUAAAAAAUUGCAACGUCAGCGAGCCUUAUAUGUGGCAUCAAGGAACUCAGGUCAUGAGGGAUUGCAAUUCCAUUCCGUCGUAUACGGCAAUUGGUACCUACCUUUACGGAUAUUAUCCUGUUAGCAAAGGCUUAUCGGGCGUUUUCCUGGAAUGCCUUCCAAACGGGUUUAAGAUUAUCUUCCAAGAGCACUGCGACAAAUCGCCAGAAAUCCGACAUAUUGAGGAAGGAGGUGCUGGAUUCUUCGAUCCAAACAAUUAUUAUACAAUUGCCUAACGAUUAUCCAAAUUCAUUGUGUUUGCUUAAAACCUUGCUUUAGGAUAAAAAUAGAAACAACUU